AAACUAAUAAGAGCUGUUAUUCAAUCGUCAUUUGAGUCAAAUUCACUGGAAAAUAAAAAAUUCAGCUGAAUUGGUAAAUCAUCUGCAGGGAAAAGUUCUGUAUCAUGUUUCAGCUAGUCAUCUUCUGUUUACUUCCAUUACUCAUCUCUUGUGUCAACUACGAAGACUGUGGUCAAGCUGAUAGAUCUUUGGUUUUCCGAAAGUUGAAUUUUGCAAAUCAGUCUUUACUCAUCGAUGGCGUCAAUCCAAUUCGAGCUGAAGUUGACUUCAGUCUACUUGAUCCUGUAGACAAUGAGGUUACAUUGAGUGCUGAACUCAUAAGAUACUUUACGAUUCUUGGAUACGAAACCAGCGUUUCUCUUCCCUGCAUCAACGAUGUUGGAAGCUGUUCCAAUAACUUUUGUUACAUGGUUCAAUCCUACGAAACCUUGGCUCGCUCCUUUGCAACUCAAUUGAAGGUACCUUUUGACUGUUUGAUGAAACCAGGUCGAUAUUCAGGCAACGUUACUUAUCCAGUUCCCAUUGAAGGGUUUAGACCAUUGCUCUCUGCGCUUAGUUGGGCAGCUUCGGGUAAAUAUGAGCUAACCAUACGAUGGACCUCAAAUGAUAUUGAGAUUGGCUGUCUUGCUGUUACAGCUGAUGUAGAGAUCAAUGCAUAAUUGUAAUCCCUCCUCACUCACCACAAUUUCAUUACUCACAUGCUGAUGAAUAACAGUUAAAUGUAAUUCAAGGCGAAUCUCGAUUAAAUAAGCUUGUGAUACAAACACAAUAAAGUUGCAAUAAAUUAUCAGAAUCAUAA